GUCGCUUAAUCAAAAAAUUGAAUAAAGUUGUUUAUGUGGUACAGAUUUUGUGUUAUAUUCGUUUAAAUAAAUUUUAUUCAAUUUUUUUAUAACCAGUAGGCUUGUUUAGUUAUUUUUGUUCAUGACUACCUAGCAAGCAGGCAGAGCUGUUUAAAAUCAUUUUAAAUCAAAGAUCAUAAAUCGUUUGCAUUUGAACAAAUGAUUUAAAUCAAAGAUCAAUUUAAAAAAAAACAUUUAAAUCAAAAAUAUUUUUUAGAUUUAAAUCUUUUUUACUAUUUAAAUCAUUUUAGGAACGAUUUAAAUCUUUUCGAAAGAUCUAAAUCUUUUUGAAAUAUCAAUAUUUUUAAACGUGACAGCUUUGUGAGCAGGUAUGAACAGGUAAGUCAAUAUAGAUAUACACCGAUAUGUCAACCAAUAAAAAUUGAUAUCAGAAGAAAGAUAAUUUAAUUACGAAAAUAAGCGUAUAGGCUUGCCUGAAAAAAAAAACUGUUCAUGGAAUACUAAUGCCUUGCUUUAUUUAAUUAAAAAUAGCCAUGAACACUUUUCGAAUGGCAAGUUCAUAUAGGCAUGUUAAUAAAUCAAUAAAAUUUCAUAAAAAAUAGGCCUCAUCUGGUUAAUAGAUAGGUGAAGGUCGACCUCCUAUGGUCUCUUGGACUAUAUGCUAAUUUGAUUUCUCUACCUAUAUCCGUCGUUUACUGUCAUUAUAAUAUCCAAGAUAACCAUAUUCGGUGCUAUUAAUAAAACCACCUUUCCCAAGAUAAUACACUCACUAAUCAACAGAAAUGUUUCACAAAUGGUUAGUGGGUAGAUACAUAACAUGCUCUCAAAGCGAUCAGUAAACAUAAGUGUAGAAGAUGUGAAUAUAAGAGGUAAUGUCCACAGGGAGGGGGUGCUAUCACCUCUACUGUGGAACAUGGUUCUCGGCACCCUCAUCAGUCACUACACAAUAGCAUAUGCAGAUGACCUGGUCAUUCUACAAACAGGAAAUUUUGAGAACAUACUUAAAAUUAUGGAACAAUGGUGUAAGGACCAUUUACUGUCUAUCAAUCCUAAGAAGACAUGAAUGUUUAAUUAAAAAAAAACUGCUUUAACUGCCAAUUUUUCAAUGAUUUAUUAUAUUAUUAUAAUCAUCACUGAAAUGAACUGCAAUUUAAGCACCGUUUUCUUCCAAUUAGACCUUCAUUUACCAAAAAAACGUUAAAAUAUUAAGUAUCCAAUUUUGGGCCUGCAGUCGGUCAUUGAAGGCUCUUUAACUAUAUAAUGGCAAAGUGACUAUCGGAUGUUAAAAGCCUUGUAACUGGUACUGAUGGCAAAAUGACUGUGACCCAACUGACAGCCGUAGUGACCUAUAUAUGCCGGCCCUUUGUAGGUAAACGUUUAUCAUUAUAAUUGAAGGUAGACAGUUAUUGGGCCAUUAUUUCCCCAGAUCAAAAUGUUUGUUGAGAAAUGUUAUUUCCGAACGCAAAUUCGAUAUAAUAGAGGGUAAAAAAUGGCAAUAAAUUGAAUUGAGGUGAAAAACGUGCAACACCGAACUUAAACAAAAACAAAAUUAACUAGGCGAGGAUCUGGGAAGAUUUUUCGAGGGUUAAAUAAUUUUAUUCGCUGUCAUUAUUUUGUUUUUUGCUUUCUCGUUACAAUUUAAUAAAUUUUAGUAUUUCUUCUAGCAUGUCGAAGAGGUGGUUAAUUAUCCUUUCCCCCCCUUGUAUAUACGCCUCAAGUUAACGUAUAUUAUUUUAGAUCUGAUGAUGGACGCCUUUGAUCAGAGCUAUAGUCAUAGACAACACCAAUCAUAAACGUAUUUUUUGCGGUAUUAAUUUACUGUAAAAAGACGCAAUUUCAUUAGUACGUCAAUCAAAGACCGCCACAUUAAAUGAAUCCACUAACAAACUUUGUUUUUAUAAAUAAACAUCAUGAGAUUUAUCUCGUUUUAAACACCAUCAAAACUUUAAAGGUUACAUUAAACUUUUCUUUUUUAAAAUAACACAUUUAAUGUCUCACUCUGAGCAAAAUAAUUAUUUAUUUUACAAUAUAUACAAUAAAGAUAAGUACCUUUAAGUUUACAAUUACAGCCUACUUUGAAGUUUAGUUAACAAGUGAUCGAUUGGGAAUUUUUAUAACAUAUAAAAGAGAGUACUUUGUUUCUUCUAUUAAGCACAAAAGUCUGCUAAAUAAAGUUAGAGAAAAUGUUAGAGCAAUUUUAAAGUUUCUUUUAAAAAAAUGAUAAAUCUUCAAAAAUUUAGUUUUGCACAAGGUACAAAGAUAUAAUUCUAGCUGUGUUACACAAGCAUUGUUAGUAAUAAGUGACAAUAUCACAGUGUUGUAUUAUCACUGCAAUACACGGUGGUAUAAUCAAUCCAUACAGCAUACAGAAUUGUUUCAGAAAUGUUUCAAAGGUUUCAAAGGUGUCAAACAUAUAUGUAACAUUUUAAGCACAAGUUUAUAAAAUAUUUAUAAAUUAUUUCUCUGAAAAUGUUCCUCAAACAUGUUAUAAAUAAAUGGUUUGUUCGGUUUGUUGUUUGGUUUGUUGUUUGGUUUGUUGUUUGGUUUGUUGUUUGGUUUGUUGUUUGGUUUGUUGUUUGGUUUGUUGUUUGGUUUGUUGUUUGGUUUGUUGUUUGGUUUGUUGUUUGGUUUGUUGUUUGGUUUGUUGUUUGGUUUGUUGUUUGGUUUGUUGUUUGAUUGGUUGUUUGGUUUGUUGUUUGGUUUGUUGUUCGGUUUGUUGUUUGGUUUGUUGUUCGGUUUGUUGUUCGAUUCGUUGUUGGAUUUGUUGUUCGGUUUGUUGUUCGGUUUGUUGUUCGGUUUGUUACACAAUCUGUUGUUCGGUUUGUUGGUUUAUUGGUGUGUUCGGUUUGUUGGUUUGUUCGAUUUGUUCGGUUUGUUGGUUUGUUCGAUUUGUUUGUUUCUUCGAUUUGUUUGUUCAGUUUGUUUGUUCGGUUUAUUUGUUUGUUCGGUUUAUUUGUUUGUUCGGUUUGUUUGUUCAGUUUGUUUGUUUGUUCGGUUUGUUUGUUUGUUCGGUUUAUUUGUUUUUUCGGUUUAUUUGUUCGUUCAGUUUGUUUGGUUUGUUGGUUUGUUCGGUUUGUUUGUUUUUUCGAUUUAUUUGUUUGUUCUGUUUGUUUAUUCAGUUUGUUUGUUCGGUUUGUUUGUUCGGUUUAUUUGUUCGGAUUGUUUGUUUGUUCGGUUUUUUUUGUUUGUACGGUUUGUUCGUUUGUUAGGUUAGUUUGUUUGUGUGUCUGGUUUGUUUGUUUGUUUGUUCGGUUUGAUUAUUUGUAUGGUUUGUUUGUUUAUUUUGGUUUAUUUGUUCGUUCUGUUUGUUUGGUUUGUUUGUUCGGUUUGUUUUUUGUUUGCUCGGUUUGUUUUUUUGUUUGGUUUGUUUGUUCGGUUUGUUUUUGUUUGCUGGGUUUGUUUGUUUGUUCGGUUUGUUUAUUCGGUUCGUUUGUUCUAAUUGUUCGGUUUGUUUGUUCCGUUUGUUCGGUUUGUUUGUUUGGUUUGUUUGUUCGGUUUGUUUUUUGUUUGGUCUGUUCGGUUUGUUCGGUAUGUUUGGUUCGUUUGGUUCGUUCGGUUUGUUUGUUGGUUUGUUCGGUUUUUUUGUUUGUACGGUUUGUUCGUUUGUUAGGUUAGUUUGUUUGUGUGUCCGGUUUGUUUGUUUGUUCGGUUUGAUUGUUUGUAUGGUUUGUUUGUUUAUUUUGGUUUAUUUGUUCGUUCUGUUUGUUUGGUUUGUUUGUUCGGUUUGUUUUUUUGUUUGCUCGGUUUGUUUUUUUGUUUGGUUUGUUUGUUCGGUUUGUUUUUGUUUGCUGGGUUUGUUUGUUUGUUCGGUUUGUUUAUUCGGUUCGUUUGUUCUAAUUGUUCGGUUUGUUUGUUCCGUUUGUUCCGUUUGUUUGAUUGUUCGGUUUGUUUGUUUGGUUUGUUUGUUCGGUUUGUUUUUUGUUUAGUCUGUUCGGUUUGUUCGGUAUGUUUGGUUCGUUUGGUUCGUUCGGUUUGUUUGUUGGUUUGUUGGUUUGUUCGGUUUGUUGGUUUGUUCGGUUUAUUUGUUUGUUCGGUUUGUUUGUUAGCUUGUUUGUUCAGUUUGUUUGUUCGGUUUGUUUGUUAGUUCAGUUUGUUUGGUUUGUUUUUGUUUGUUUGUUCGGUUUGUUUGGUUUGUUUCUUCUGUUUUUUUGUUUGGUUUGUUUGUUCGGUUUAUUUGGUUUGUUCCGUCUGUUUGGUUUGUUUGUUCGGUUUAUUUGGUUUGUUCGGUCUGUUUGGUUUGUUCGGUUUGUUCGGUUUGUUCGGUUUGUUCGGUUUGUUCGGUUUGUUCGGUUUGUUCGGUUUGUUUGGUUUGUUCGGUUUGUUCGGUUUGUUCGGUUUGUUCGGUUUGUUCGGUUUGUUCGGUUUGUUUGGUUUGUUAGUUUGUUGGUUUGUUGGUUUGUUGGUUUGUUGGUUUGUUGAUUUGUUGGUUUGUUGGUUUGUUGGUUUGUUGGUUUGUUGGUUUGUUGGUUUGUUGGUUUGUUUGUUUGUUCAGUUUGUUUGUUCGGUUUGUUUGUUAGUUCAGUUUGUUUGGUUUGUUUUUGUUUGUUUAUUCGGUUUGUUUGGUAUGUUUGUUCGUUUGUUUGGUUUGUUUCUUCUGUUUUUUUGUUUGGUUUAUUUGUUUGGUUUGUUUGUUCGGUUUGUUCGGUUUGUUCGGUUUGUUCGGUUUGUUCGGUUUGUUCGGUUUGUUCGGUUUGUUCGGUUUGUUCGGUUUGUUCGGUUUGUUCGGUUUGUUCGGUUUGUUCGGUUUGUUCGGUUUGUUCGGUUUGUUCGGUUUGUUCGGUUUGUUCGGUUUGUUCGGUUUGUUCGGUUUGUUCGGUUUGUUCGGUUUGUUCGGUUUGUUCGGUUUGUUCGGUUUGUUCGGUUUGUUCGGUUUGUUCGGUUUGUUCGGUUUGUUCGGUUUGUUCGGUUUGUUCGGUUUGUUCGGUUUGUUGGUUUGUUGGUUUGUUGGUUUGUUGGUUUGUUGGUUUGUUGAUUUGUUGGUUUGUUGGUUUGUUGGUUUGUUUGUUUAUUUUUUUGUGUUGUAUGGAAACUAUAAACUAAAAGUUAUAAUAGUUGUCAUAUAUUCUUUUAAAUAUAAUUACGUGGUAUUCCUAAAUAUUGAUAAUAUUUUUGAAAUUUCAACGCAUCUUUGGAAAAUGCAAUUCUUUUUAAAUCCAUGUUGAUUCUUUGAUUUUUUGUAAAUUCAUAUUUAAUUAAGACCUUAAAAACUGUUUGUCAAAGAAUUUUUUUAAAACUUUAUUACACAUAUUUAAAAAAUUUUUAGUCAAAGACACUUCUAUGAAACAAAUUUCAUAGUUUUAUUUGACUGUAACAUAAUAUUAUAAAUUAAAAUUUGAAAUGAAAGAACAUAUUUUGGAAGCUUCAUUACAAAAUUUUGAGGAUAGUGAAAUCAUUUUGAAAAUUGUAGUACCUAUUUUGAUUGUUAGUUAACAGUUACUGCCCAAAUUUCAAAAAUAUAAUUUAAGGAAUUUUGUUUUAUAUAUAUUCGUUGACUUUUUGUUAUUCACAACUACAAACCAAAUAUCAUUUUAACAUUUUCCUUCAUAUUUUGAAUUACUUUGAACUCAAAUAAUGUAAAUUUAUUUGCUAAAUUCUAUUUGACAUUUGACAUAUAAAUAAUACUUUCAUCAAAUGAUGUACUUAUUAGCAGAAAUAAAGUAGACUCUAAAAAUAUUAAUAAAAUAUUUUUGGCAUAUGCGUCAGAAAAAAUUAUAAAAUAAUUACAUCCAAAAGUCGAACACAAAAAUACAUUAGAUGCAAUAAAGUAUUUUGGUGCAAUUAGUUCCAAUUAAUAAAAAAACAGUUUUUAAUAAAACGAUAUCAGACAAGCAUGACAUUAAUUAUAAGAUUUAUGUUUAGGACAUAAAAUAAUAAUAAUUGAAGUGACAUAGAAACUCGAACAUUCCGUCAUUUUAAUUGUCGUGAAUCACGUGUGUAUGAAUUCCAUUUAGUUAGAUUUUUAUUUUUACAAGCAAUAUUUGUCUAUAAAUAAUAUCAUCUCAUCUAAUAGUACUAACUAAUAUCACAACAUUGUAAUAUUAAUACGAUAAUAUCAAUAUGUAAAAUUCAUCCAGAUUUACAUUAGGAAAAUAUAGUGGUGGAUAGAUAUUUUAGAAACAAUAAACGCCAUGUUGUGUUCUAAUUGAUUGAAUUUUUUGUCUGGAUAAGAUUUUACAGACUCUUAAUAACAGAGUACAGUUAGAUUUCUAAUAUACAAGGGGUUAUAAAACUUUUAAAACUCGGUGACUGCUUAAAUGAAAACCUUAAUUUGUAGAUUUUUUUAGCAUGAUAUACACAGUGUUCCAAGUAAGAUCUUUUAUUGCCUUCUAUAUUACUGAAGCUUGACAAUAAUUUAAUUGCUUCUACUUGACCGAAAAGAAAUAAAAACAAAUAAAAACGAAUAAGUACCAAAAAUUUGUUGAUAAUUUUACCAAAUCAAGAUAGAUUAAUUGUAAAUAAAUGUAAUCAUAUUUUUGUUAUUAUAUCUAUUAAAAAAUGUUUUUUAUAAAAUAAAUUCUUUUCCUUUAAUAGUUUUUGAGUCAAUUAAAUUAAUUUCCAAUUUGAAAAAAAGUAUACAAAAGAAAAAAAAUUGCAUGAUACCUACUACUUUAUUAUUUUAAAGUAAUACUAACAUCAAAUACUCAAAAAGUUCUCUUAUAUCUAUCUUCUUUAUAGAAAAAAGUUUAUUCUUGUUGCUUCUCUUACAUUUUGAAUUUAGUUAACUCAAAAACUAAUAAAUCAAAUAUAAAUUUAUUUAAACCGGUAAAUAGAGACUUUCAAAACCUCUCAAAUAAGCUAUUGGUCGACCCUUCUUGCUAUUUAAAAUAAAGUAGAUAUGUAACCCGCGCAAGGGUUAAUCAAAUUGUGCUUCAUCAUAUAUUAAAUAAUGCGUAUAUAAAGCUCUAAAAUAGUUUUGAUAUUUGAAAGUUACCGUAAAACGAGGUUACUUUGGCAUUUUAGCCUUUUUUAGCAGUUUGGUCAUAUACAUAUAUGUAAAAAGCCUACAGAAACUUUACCGAAGCUGACCUUGAAAAAGCGUUGGCAGCCAUUAGAAAUGGCAUGAGUCAGGCAGCGACCAGUAAACGGUUAAAGAUUUCUCUGAAGUCCUUUCAAAAUAAGUUGAAGGGCCAGCAAAAGCGCAAUCCAGGUCAUCGAACAGUAUUUACACCUAAGGAAGAGCAAUUACUGACAAAGACAUUAGUGACAGUGAGCAAUUGGGGAUUUCCUUUUAACAAAGGAAUUAAUCCACAAAUACUUAGAAAGGAAAGGGCGUAACGUUAAGAAAUUUAAAGACAAUGUUCCUGGACAAGAUUUACUUAAAAACUUCAGAAUCCGGAAUAAUUUGAGUGUCCGUUUGGCAACAAACAUAAAGCGAACACGUGCGACUGUAGGGUGGAAUGAAAUUGGCGAAUUUUUUGAUAACAUUAAAGAUGUUUUGCAAGAUAUUGACCCCCUUUGGUUUUCGAUGAAACUAAUGUCCAAGAUGACUCUAGAUUUAAAAAGGUUAUUGUUCCAAGGGGAACGAAACGCGCGAAGAGAGUUGAACAGCAUUCCAAGGCCACGAUCAGUAUAUUGGUGUCUGGAAACGCUGCAGGAGAUUUAUUACGCCCUAUGGUGGUCUACAAGCCAGACAAUCUAUACGAAGGUUGGACAAAAGUUGGUCCUCCUGGAACAGUCUAUAGUAACACAGCGGCUGGUUCAAUAUGGACCAAUUUAAAAAGAGGGUUUUUCCAAAUUGUAUUACCCAAAAUUAAAGAAUUUGAAAAUCCUGGAAAAAAAUUGUUGUUGGGAACAAUUUAGCUUCUUAUUUUUCACCCUCUGUCAUUGAAGCUUGUGAGGAGAACAAUAUCUACAAGACAGCGUCGCCUUCCAAUAGCACCCACCUAAGGCAACCAUUAGAUGUCGCAGUGUUUGUCCCAUUUAAAAAUGUGGCGUCAGUUUCUAGACAAAUGGCGCAGUGAAACCAAAUCAACUUCCUCCAUUCUAAAAUAAUAUUUGCCUUUCCUCCUAAAUCGAUUGUGGGUUGCAGUCACUAAAAAUGUGUCCAAUAAUUUAAAAUCUGGAUUAAGGGCCACAGGUCUCUGUCCUUUCAAUCCUCAAGAAGUUCUGAAAAGAAUUCCAGACAUGCAAAUUAGAAGGCGAUGACGGAAAUGCCCAAACUGCUAUUUUAAAUGACAGUCUAAUUGAUCUGCUUCAAGAUCUGCAUGGCAAGAAAAUAGAGCCCGGUAAAUAACAUAAGACAGUUGCUCCUCAAUCAGAUGAACCAGUCGCUGGCCGUUCAGGGACCCAGAAAAACAUUUCAAACAUUAGUGACAAUUAUAGUGACGAUAAAGCACUUGUAAAUUUAGUUGCAGUUUCUACAAAAAAAGCAAUGAGAAAGCAAAAAAAAGGGCUGUUAAAAGGACAGACAAUGUCUGCGCAGCUUGCUUCAGAAAGUGGGAGAAUUAUACAGGGCCUGAUUGGAUUUGUUGCAAGAAAUGCAAACAAUGGAAUUGUAUCUUUUACAAUGAGGCGAGCACGGACCAAUUUUAUGAAUGUGUCCUCUGCACAAAUGAAGAUUUUGAUAGUGAUGCAGAUUUUUCUUUGUAAAAGACUUCAUGAUGUGUUGAAUAUUUAGUUUUUUAUGUUCCAUAUUAAACUUCUUAAGAGUUUAUGUUUAUUUUCAUUUAUAAAUAAUUUUUUAGUUAGAUUUUUAUAAUGGUUGGAUAAAUAAAUGAUUUCUUAAAAAGAAAUGCAUUCUAACCUCAAUAACUUUGGAACUAUUGAAGAUAUUUGGACCAAAUUCAAAGCUGCCUUUUUGUGUAUUCGUUCUUUACCAUAUUUGGUGACAAAGAAGGCUUUAUUGGCGCAAAAAAGAUUUACAUGUGCUACGAAAGUAGCCCCAAAAAUUUGCCUAAUUUGGCACCCCACAAACAAUUUUUUUUCCAACACGCAGUUCAUGAAAACGAACCAUAUUGGGAUGUUCUAUUCUCAAUUGGGCACAAGGAAUGAUACAAUUUUAAGAAGUUUGAUUUUCCAAACGGUUUCUGACUUAGAGUUCCAAAAUAGGUCAAAACCUGACAAAAUAACCCCGUUUUACGGUACAAAAUCGCUACUAUGAUAAUAUUUUUCUCGCAUAAAAAUAGUUUCUUUAGCAUAUUUAGUGACUUUGGUAACGAUCUACAUAAUGCUCUAACAAUGGACGUGAAAAACCUAAGUAAGUCAUUAAUUUAUAUAUAGAGAACUUGCUUUUAUUGUAGUAAUUAUUUUUUCAGCUUCUUCUGUAAUUUUAUUUCCUGUAUUCAUGGUCUUUAAUGUUUAAUUAUAAUUAUUAUGUAUACGCACGACUAACGUCAUAGUUGCGUUUUAAAUUGACGUCAUAAUAAUGUCACAAAAUGACGACGCUGGGUUAUGACAUGUUUAUGUGAACUGUACGUCAUUUUGAUGUUACAUUUUUGAUGAAAAAUGACGUAACAGAUUACUAAUAAAUAACGUAGCUGUAACCUGUAAUUUUAUUUCCAGUAUUCAUGGUGUUUAAUGUUUAAUUAUAAUUAUUAUGUAUACGCACAAAUAACGUCAUAGUUGCGUUUUAAAUUGACGUCAUAAUAACGUUACAAAAUGACGACGCUGGGUUAUGACAUUUAUGUGAAUUGUACGUCAUUUUGAUGUUACAUUUUUGGUGAAAAAUGACGUAACAGAUUACUAAUAAAUGACGUAGCUGUAACCUGUAAUUUUAUUUCCAGUAUUCAUGGUGUUUAAUGUUUAAUUAUAAUUAUUAUGUAUACAAACAACUAACGUCAUAGUUGCAUUUUAAAUUGACGUCAUAAUAACGUCACAAAAUGACGACGCUGGGUUAUGACAUAUUUAUGUGAACUGUACGUCAUUUUGAUGUUACUUUUUUGGUGAAGAAUGACGUAACAGAUUACUAAUAAAUGACGUAGCUGUAACCUGUAAUUUUAUUUCCAGUAUUCAUGGUGUUUAAUGUUUAAUUAUAAUUAUUAUGUAUACGCACAACUUACGCCAUAGUUGCAUUUUAAAUUGACGUCAUAAUAACGUCACAAAAUGACGACGCUGGGUUAUGACAUAUUUAUGUGAAUUGUACGUCAUUUUGAUGUUACAUUUUUGGUGAAAAAUUACGUAACAUAUUACUAAUAAAUGACGUAGCUGUAACCUGUAAUUUUAUUUCCAGUAUGCAUGGUGUUUAAUGUUUAAUUAUAACUAUUAUGUAUACAAACAACUAACGUCAUAGUUGCAUUUUAAAUUGACGUCAUAAUAACGUCACAAAAUGACGACGCUGGGUUAUGACAUAUUUAUGUGAAUUGUACGUCAUUUUGAUGUUACUUUUUUGUUGAAGAAUGACGUAAAAGAUUACUAAUAAAUGAAGUAGCUGUAACUACAUGAGAAAAGGGAAAUUAUUUUGAAAAACAAAUAUCAAAACUUUUUUAGAACUAGGGUCUAUCAGGUACUGGAUAAACAAAGAAUAAUUACGAAAGUUAAAG